UGCGGGUCCAGGUGCUGCCCCCUGCGUUGCUGGAGCAGCUGCAGUGGGCGUGACCGCGGGAGGGAUUCUGGACUCAGUCCCGGGGGCGCAGGGACCCGGAAAGUCUCUCUCUGCCGCUGGGCCCUACAUGGCGACCAGUGGUGGGAGGACGCCUGGGCCCUUGGGUCCUAGAGCCCGCGGCAAGCCCCAGGCCUCCUCCUGCCUCAGUUUCCUCAUCUGUGAAAUGCGUCUUAAGGUGGUUGUCAGGAACAAAUGAACAAACGCACGGGUGGCUAGAGGCAUACAGCAGGCGCUGAAUAAGUGGCGCGUUAUCAUUCCCGCUUAGAGUCAACACCCCGUCCCUGUCCGCUCAUUUAUUUGCUUGCUGGCCCCCUUGGCCGGCACAUAACAGGCCCCAAUAAAUAAUUGCCGGAUGAGCCACAACAUGCUUCGCAGGGGUGGGGGGUCUGGGGUCCCCAUUUCGCAGGAGAAAAAACCGAGGCCCGGGUGAAGUGGCCCACACAAGGUCACACGGAGCAGGCGGCACGGGUAGACCCUGAGUCAUGUCGUGUGCCCCGCGGGCCAACAGGUAAGAACAAUGGGGCCAUCAAGGCCCUCUCGCAGAGGUGACCUCAAGGAUCAGUCAGACGUGCGGGCCUCAGGGCCAGGUGCCGCCUGUCUGCCCGGGCCCCGGAAGGAACGUGAGCCCGGACAGCUUUCUCUACACCGGAGGCUCACAUUACAAGCGCACACGCGUCACAACGGGUCCUGGGGGCUGGCUUCUUCCGCAGCCGGCCAUACAGCUCAUACCACCAGCCAGGCGGGUCGCAGGCUCGGAAGGGGGCCUGCGCCUGUAAAUUCAGAGUGCAUCGGAAGUCUCGCCCCCAAUGGAGCGCGCAAACCGGUGAGGGGGCGUGGUCCUCCCACCAUUGGCUGAGCUGCGGAGUAUUUUGGAACGUGAGCGCGGGCCUCGAGCGCUCCGAUUGGAGCUAGGGCCUGCUCGUCUGCGUGCCUCGGCGUCAGCGCCCGCCCCCGGGGCCUCGGAGUUCGGUUCCCGGGUCCUCCACGUUCCAUUUCCAGGCAGGUCCGGGGUCCCGGGUCCGAGCAGGCCCGCUGCGUCCGCCGGUCGGUGCGCUGAAGCCGCGACGCAGAGCUCGGCCCCACACAGCCCCACACUUCUGGGCUCCGCACUUGUAACCCUUCCUCACCGCAGCCUCUGCCAUUUUACAGGCAGACACCAUGGCAGAGUUUUCCCAGAAACGGGGGAAGCGGCGUGACGGCGAGGUGCUGGGCAGCGCUGUGGACUUCCUCUUGGCCAACGCCCGCCUGGUGCUGGGUGUGGGCGGGGCUGCCAUGCUGGGCAUUGCCACCCUGGCUGUGAAGCGGCUCAUCGACAGGGCCACCAGCCCCCGGGACGAGGAUGAUGCCAAGGGGGACACCACAUGCCUGGAGGACAGCUGGAAGGAACUGAGCCUGCUGAAGGCCACACCAUGCCUACAGCCUCGGCCCCCACCUGCUGCCCUCAGCCAGCCCGUGUCGCCCCUGCCUCCCUCCCCCUCUGCCCCAGAGCGGCCUGCAGAUGCCGGUCCUCAGAUGCCACCUCCACUUAGCUCCCCAGCACCGUUGUGCCUGACGUUCCAGGAGAAGCUGCUGGCAUUUGAGCGGGACCACGUGACUAUCCCAGCGGCCCAUGUGGCUCUGGCCAAACAGCUGGCCGGUGACAUUGCCCUUGAGCUGCAGGCCUACUUGCGGAGCAAGUUCCCGGAACUGCCCUUCGGGGCGCUUGUGCCCAGCGGGCCACUCUAUGACGGGCUGCAGGCAGGGGCUGCUGACCACGUGCGUCUCCUGGUCCCCCUGGUGCUGGACCCGGGCCUGUGGAGCCUGGUGCCUGGCGUGGACACUGUGGCCAGGGACCCACGCUGCUGGGCUGUGCGGAGGACUCAGCUUGAGUUCCGCUCCCGUGGGAACAGCCCCUGGGACCGCUUCCUGGUGGGCGGCUACCUCUCUUCCCGUGCCCUGCUGGAGCUGCUCCGCAAGGCACUGGCCGUUUCUGUCAACUGGCCAGCUAUUGGCAGUCUUCUUGGGUGCCUGAUCCGGCCCAGCGUGGCCUCAGAGGAGUUGCUGCUUCAGGUGCAGCACGAGCACCUGGAACUCACGGUCGCGGUGCUCCCGGUGGUCACUGGUGCCGCCACCGGAGAGCGCCUUCUUUUGGCCUGGCCCCUGGAGGGGCUGGCUGGGAGCCUCUGGCUGCAGGACUUGUACCCCGCAGAGGCCGCCAGAUUGCGGGCCCUGGAUGACCACGAUGCUGGGGCCCGCCGGCGACUGCUGCUGCUGCUGUGUGGUGUCUGCCGCGGCCACUCGGCCCUGGGACGGCUGGGACGGGGCCACCUGACCCAGGUGGUUCUGUGCCUUGGGGAGGAGAAAGUGGACUGGGCCGAGGAGGCCUUGGGGGAGCGCUUCCUGCAGGCCCUGCAGUUGCUCAUCGGCAGCCUGGAGCGGGCCAGCCUGCCCUGCCACUUCAACCCCAGCGUGAACCUCUUCAGCAGCCUGAGCGCGGAGGAGAUUGAUGACAUUGGCUACACGCUGUACAGCGGUCUGCAGGCCCCUGAGCGGCUGCUCUAGAUGCGUGGGGGUAGGGCCGCUGGCGUGUGUUCUGAUGCUGAUGAGCUGUGAACUGUGAACGCCUCCCUUCCAGGAAUUUGGAGAGCACUUUUUCUCUUGCUUUAGCCAGAAUAAAGGAGAGUGUGUUACCUAAGCUCACGGGGUUAGCAUGUAUGUAGGCUACAGUCCUGCGUGCAGCCUGGAGUGCCUGCUGCUCACACCUGCCCCCUCAGCCCUCGGGGCCAGCCCCAGGACCUUCGGCUCGUCCAUCAUCACCAGCAGUGAAUCACUGAAAAACCCAGCUUCUGCGGGCCUAGGUGGGGGUAAGGCCAGCUCCGUUUUCUGUCGAGAGGCUGAGUUAGCGCUUUCUUGGGUGCCAGCUCCAGGCAUCUCGAGGCUUCUGGUGCUGGAUGGUAAACACCAUGUGUUUCAUUCGUCCCCAAAGGGCCAGGGUCACCUGGUACCCCUGGAAUACAGCUCUCUGGCUGACGUAAAGGCUGGUGUUUUCUGAUGUCAGCUGUGUGCCUAGCUUUCUUGUUGAGCUUCCUUCUCUAGCCUGGAGUGGGAGCUCAGCCUGAUGUGCUGCCCACCUCCUAUCUCGGGGAAAAUCCCUUUUCUCUCCAACUAGGUGAGUUUUCUCUUUGGGCAGCAGAGGCCCCUGGGAGAGCCCCUUCCCUGCCUGGGGAGCUGAGGUUCUCCGUGCUGCCCACCUUGCCCCGAGCCAGGGGUGUCCUUCAGCUGCUAGUGUGCCUCCCGGAGAGGCCUGGUCUGCAGGCCCGGCCUCCACAGUGCCAACAUGGACUGCUCAGCCGCCACCUGUGUUCACUGAAGCCUGGCAAAGGUGGGGGCUGAGGGAGGGAGGGUUCGCCUCCCCGCCCAGGCAUCCCUCCUGUCUUUGGUAGCCUUCCUGCUGAAGCAAAGCUAUGCCUCAAAGAAUGUGAACAAGAAUAAAAGGAAAAAUUCAAAUGUC